AGAGCUGUGCUGUUGAAGCUGCCUGGUUUUGAUAGUGUUGUAAAUAAGUCAUAGCCUGCCACAUUUCACAGCUGCCUGCAUGUGUGCAUCCAUCCUUUUGCUUAGGAGUGGGGGAAAAAAAAAAGAUUUAAAGUGUCAGCUCUUCAAGGCUGAGAAAAAUCCAGCAACAAGUAAGAAAUAGUUUGCUUAGUUUCUGGUGGCAGGAAGAGAAUACUGACCUGAGAUGGAAGUCAAAACAUCAUUUAGCAAAACUAGUAGGAUUCCUGAAACUGUAUCCCCGUUAAUUAAUGAAGAAUUUGUCUUGGUUCAUCAGCAACCUGAGGACACCUCUGGAAAAGAUGAAAAACCUCAGCUAAAGGUAUUUUCCAAUGGAGAUGAUCAGUUGGAGAAGGCAAUGGAAGAGAUUCUGAGGGAUUCUGAGAAGAACCAAAAUGUCUAUGCUCUCCAGGAAGGUUGCAGUGAUGGCAGUGGCCAGGCCGCUGCAGAUGGCCCAGCAGGGCAGGCAAACCCACCAUCUCUGCACCUUGUUUUGGACCCUUCUACAACAGAAGUCUCUGCCCCAAGGCCGUGCUCUCCCAGUGAGCCCCUGGAAGAGGACAGCGUAUUGUUUAACAAACUCGCCUACUUGGGCUGCACAAAGGUGUCAGCCCCUCGCAAUGAACCCGAAGCUCUCCAUGCCAUGGCAAACAUGAAGUCCUCCAGUCAAGCCCCUCUACCUGUAACUCUCUAUGUUCCCAACAUUCCAGAAGGCUCUGUAAGAAUAAUAGAUCAGUGCAGCAACGUGGAGAUUGCCUCGUUCCCCAUCUACAAGGUGUUGUUCUGUGUGCGUGGGCAGAACGGGACUGCAGAGAGUGACUGCUUUGCAUUUACGGAAAGCAGCUGUGGAACAGAAGAGUUCCAGAUCCAUGUUUUCUCCUGUGAGAUUAAAGAGGCUGUCAGUCGGAUUUUAUACAGUUUCUCCACAGCAUUCAAGCGUUCAUCCAAACAAGCAUCUGACCACGUGAAGGACUUUGUUCUUCCCACUCCAGACAGUGAUGUGUACACUUUCAGUGUCUCCUUAGAAGUCAAAGAAGAUGAUGGAAAAGGAAAUUUUAGUCCUGUGCCAAAGGAUAGAGAUAAACUGUAUUUCAAGCUUAAACAGGGAAUUGAGAAGAAAGUGGUGAUCACAGUUCAGCAACUCUCAAACAAAGAACUGGCCAUCGAAAGGUGUUUUGGGAUGCUGCUAAGCCCUGGACGAAAUGUGAAGAACAGUGACAUGCAUUUACUAGACAUGGAAUCCAUGGGAAAGAGUUCUGAUGGGAAGGCUUAUGUCAUUACUGGAAUGUGGAAUCCUAAUGCACCCAUGUUUCUUGUACUUAAUGAGGAAACUCCUAAAGAUAAGCGUGUCUUCAUGACUGUGGCUGUGGAUAUGGUUGUUACUGAAGUGGUAGAGCCAGUCAGGUUUUUGCUGGAGACUGUUGUGCGUGUGUAUCCUGCCAAUGAACGCUUCUGGUACUUCAGCAGGAAAACCUUCACAGAAACUUUUUACAUGAAGCUAAAACAGUCUGAAGGAAAAAGCCACACAAGUGCUGGAGAUGCGAUUUAUGAAGUUGUCAGUCUGCAAAGAGAAUCUGCCAGAGAGGAAGAAUUAGUCACCCCAACAAGUGGAGGAGGGCCUAUGUCAUCCCAGGAGGAUGAGGCAGAAGAAGAGAGUGAUAAUGAACUCUCCAGUGGCACCGGUGAUGUGUCAAAGGAUUGUCCUGAGAAGAUUUUGUAUUCCUGGGGAGAGUUACUGGGGAGAUGGCACAAUAACCUUGUCGUGAGACCCAACGGAUUGUCCACCCUGGUGAAGAGUGGGGUUCCAGAGGCACUGAGGGCAGAGAUCUGGCAGCUGCUGGCAGGAUGCCAUGACAACCAGGCAAUGCUGGACAAAUACAGAUUGCUCAUCACAAUGGAUUCUGCUCAGGAGAGUGUCAUCAAACGAGAUAUCCAUCGUACAUACCCAGCACAUGAUUAUUUCAAAGAUACAGAAGGAGACGGUCAGGAAUCUCUGUACAAAAUCUGUAAGGCCUACUCUGUCUACGAUGAGGACAUCGGCUACUGCCAGGGACAGUCUUUCCUUGCAGCUGUGCUUCUGCUUCAUAUGCCAGAGGAGCAGGCAUUCUGUGUAUUUGUGAAAAUAAUGUAUGACUAUGGCUUGAGGGACCUCUACAGAAAUAACUUUGAAGAUCUCCAUUGCAAAUUUUUCCAGCUGGAGAAGUUAAUGCAGGAGCAGUUACCAGACUUGCACAGCCACUUCUCAGACCUCAAUUUGGAAGCUCACAUGUAUGCAUCCCAGUGGUUCCUCACGCUCUUCACUGCCAAGUUUCCACUCUGCAUGGUCUUCCACAUCAUUGACUUACUACUCUGUGAGGGUAUGAACAUAAUCUUCCAUGUAGCCUUGGCUCUCUUAAAGACCUCCAAAGAGGACCUUCUACAAGCUGAUUUUGAAGGAGCUUUAAAAUUCUUCAGGGUUCAGUUGCCCAAGAGGUACCGAGCUGAGGAGAACGCCCGGAGACUCAUGGAACAAGCCUGCAACAUUAAGGUGCCAACGAAAAAGCUGAAGAAAUAUGAGAGAGAGUACCAAACCAUGCGAGAGAGUCAGCUGCAGCAGGAAGAUCCUAUGGACAGAUAUAAGAGGGAAAACCGCAGGCUCCAAGAAGCAAGCAUGAGGCUGGAGCAGGAGAACGAUGACCUCGCUCAUGAGCUUGUCACGAGCAAGAUUGCCUUACGGAAUGACUUGGACCAGGCUGAAGACAAAGCUGAUGUUUUGAACAAGGAGCUUCUCCUGACCAAACAAAAGCUGGUGGAGACUGAGGAAGAGAAACGGAAGCAGGAGGAGGAAACUGCUCAGCUGAAGGAAGUCUUCAGGAAGCAGCUGGAGAAGGCAGAAUCUGAGAUCAAGAAAACCACAGCCAUUAUUGCAGAGUAUAAACAGAUCUGUUCCCAGCUGAGUACCAGGCUGGAAAAACAACAGGCAGCCAGUAAAGAUGAACUGGAAGUUGUGAAGGGUAAAGUGAUGGCCUGCAAACACUGCAGUGAGAUUUUCAGCAAGGAGGGGGCUCUGAAGGUGCCUGCUGUAAGCACAGACAACAAAGGCAUUGAAAUAGAUGAUGAGAAGGAUGCACUGAAGAAGCAGCUGAGAGAGAUGGAGCUGGAACUUGCACAGACCAAACUGCAGCUUGUGGAAGCCAAGUGCAAAAUUCAGGAGCUGGAGCACCAGAGAGGAGCCCUUAUGAACGAAAUCCAAGCUGCCAAAAACUCUUGGUUUAGCAAAACCCUGAACUCAAUCAAAACGGCCACAGGCACGCAAGCCCCAGCACAGCCCCAGCCGCCCCUGCCCCCCAGAGAGGGCAGCACAUAGUUCCGGCCACACCGGCACAAGAGCACAAAGAACAACACAGCUGAAACCCUGCAGGUUUCUUCCGGUGCUCCCUCCUCUUGGGGAAAGGACAAAAGGCAGGAGUGCAGGCUUGAAGUGAAAUUCUUCGGUGUUUUUCAUUCGUUUUCUGAUGUGACCCUUUUCAAAGGGGGGGGGGAGGGAGUAAUUCCUGGUUUAUGUUGAAUUCUUACUUCCCAAACUGCCUUGCUGAAAGCCAAGUUCUGAUACCGUCAUACUUUUACACUUCAUUUUAUAUGACUAGAUGUUAAAUAAAUACUUCAAACCUAGGUCUUUUAUGCAAGAUAAAAAUAAUUUCGAAUUAUUCAUGUAUUAAAGGUUUUUUUCUUCUUCUGGAGGAAGAGGGAGACCGGGAAAUGUGAAGCACUGCAGCAUAAUCUCUCCCUGGAAAGCACAGUGUGCUCAGUCCUGGCUCGUGUGUGGGUGUCUGGGAUGCCACAGGCCCUGGGACCAUCCCCGUUUAUCGCAGCGACUGUGUCCUGCAGAUAAGCACUUUUUGUAAAGCUUAGGCCAUAGCAGAGGUGGGCUUGUGCUCUCCUGGCACAACCCUCAUGGGCUUCCCUGACAAUCCCUUAGUUUGGAUUGGUUUUCCUUCAGAAAUGCAAGUAGUGCAGUUUUUUAUAGCGCUGUUGUUUGAUGGCUGUCUACAGCUCAGCUGGAAUUUAACAUAAAGUUACCUAGUUCCUUUUUUUUUUUUAUUUCGUGUUUAUACUAAGAAUUCUGAGGAAUAAUUCCUUCCACUGGGAUAAAGGGAAAACUGUUCAACGCUCAUUUGAUGAGGAGAAGAGUGAAGACCUUGCAUAGUUUUGACCUUUUGUAAAUCCUGUGCAAUAAAGGGUAGGUUUUAUGAAUAAAACUAAUGAAAACCUUUCCCUGGGUCUACAUUCAAAUUCCAAAUUUGACAUAGAAAUGAGGUAUCAAAUAAAAUACCUAAAAGGCUUGUGCUGCACUGAGGAAUAAAACAUCACAGAAGCAAGAUCUGUUUGCUAGAAGUAUUUGGUUAGGAAAUGCUACGUUGGUAUUACUUAUUUUUAUAAAAACAAGCAUUUUCAAGUGGAAUACAAACCCUAGACUUUCCUGUGGGGCAAGACUUCUCUGGUGAUUCCCAAACCUGUCUGGUUGUUUUGUAUCUCUUAAGGUAAGAAAGUUUAAAAGCAUUUGUUUUGACUGAACAUGAAGUGUUUAUAGAAAUACUUAUUUCAUGGAAAAUUAAAACUAUUGCUUGAACUGAUGGAAUAUUUUUUUAAUUAUACCUGUCAUGUCUACAGAUGGUCUUGGAGGUAAAUGUCAUUGCUGGACUAAAGGUUGUGUAUUAAUUGUUCCAUUUGCAAAAUUGUUCCAGGGACAUAAGUUCUGUUUUGUUGGGUUUUUUUUAAUUCUAAGGAAUGCCAUACCUUGUCAGUUUUGUACAAUAAAAUUCAGUGAUACCCAUCUUGUGCUUUGUUGUCAAGCAUAAUUGUGAAUUAUUUUCAACAGGGUAGUACAGAUUUAAUGUUACCAGUGCCAAAGUAAAGAUUCUGAAACGCAGUCAGCUGUUUGAAGUAGAGAUCAAAAUAUAAUCAGCAUCCUGACACCAUUCUAUCUUCUAAGAAUAAGGGGUUAAAAAAUUAGGUAUUUUAAAAUGUACUUGCAAGAACAGUGAUUAUCUGUAAAUAUUAAUACAGUGAGGGGAAAAAAAGAGGGGAAACAGAAGGAAUUUCUUUUGCAAACAUUAGCAAAGGUCUUUUUCCCUCAUGGCUUUUUUGCUCAUAAUAUUUGCAUAAAUGUUUCCAUUCUCUUGUCUGACUAAACCCAGCAUUAGUCAUUCAGUUACCAGUUCUGCUUCACACAUCCACAGAUGUGAAUCUGAAUUUGUAAUAAAUCUGAAGUGACAUUUAAGGAUACCUGGUGAACAUCUGACUGUUACAUUUGAGAGUACUGUGCCCUCCAGUGACACUGGUGGUUUGACAAGUGUCUGAAUUUCUCAUUUCAUUUAUCUUUAAUCACAUGUAGGAGUGGAUUUAAAACCUUGAUUGGAAAAAUGCAGUAACAGGAAUAGAAAAAAUGUGUAAUACUGUGAUUCCCUGAGCAGAUGAGUUAACAGCUCACAGCUGCUCAAAGAUCUCACCCCUCCAACUCCCCCUUGUACAGUCCUGUCCCUUGUCCUUGUUAAAGCACUUACUGGAGAGGAUUAAAAACAGCAACAAAAAAAUAUGUGGGUGGAUUCUUCCUUCCUACCCCUCCCCCCUCCCCCGUUUGUCUUUUGCCAAGUGACUGAGUUUAAAUCAUCACAAAGGGUCCAGUGAGUGGAAGCAGAUCAUGGGAGUGGGACUUCCCCAGUUCAUCAGAGAGGAACUGGGAAAUAAGCUCCCCACGUUCAUGGAAUGAGCUUUGACACAACAUCCCUUUUCUCAGUGUAGGAGCCCUCUGACUUUGGAAGUUGACUUUCUGGAACAAAAGUACGUUUGCUACCUGCUAGCUGUGAUGCUUUCAAACCCUAGUAGGAUGGAAUCUGGCUUACAUCACCAAAAGGAAGUUUCAGAAGGCAAUGACAUAAAGGCAGUAAAUGAAUUCCACCUUCCAGCUGUAGAUCCAAGGUAGAGUUUGUAGCAGUGGCAUUAGGAAGAGUAACAUUUUGCUGGAAACUGUGUCUUCUCAAAACUACUUAAAGAGUAAGGAAAUAGCUUUAUGGCAUUAUCUUGGUGAAUAUACAAGGAAAGGAGUAGGACUGCAGGAUUAAACCAGGCAAGCUAAAAUUCUGCCUGCUGCCUGCAGGUGCUGCAGGAAAGUUGAGCUUCCUGCAGGAAAAACGUGUGUGUGACAGAGCUACCUGCACACUUAUUCUCGAUGGAUCUGUCAGGGAGAGCUGGCUCCUUGUUCAGCUUUUCAGCAGGAAACAUCAUCAAAGUCUCACUGAAACUCUUAUUUCUGUGUGGCACUCGGACAGCUAACAGAGUUUGUAAGUCUGGAGUGAUUAACUGUUUUUCCCUGAGUCAGUAUUAAACUGUGUGUCCACAUCAAACAUUUAUUAAAAAUAAUUUGAAUUUUAUAAAUAUAUAUGUGGAACUAAAUCCUAUUUUUUAAUGUUAUUGAGAAUGCACCAUUCUGAAAUUAACCCUUUACUUUGAUUAGGGACAAACCUCCAAAGAAUAUUUUUACUAGAACUGUUUUAUGUUGUUGGAUUCUAAUCUGUUCCUGAGAUGCCCGGUAUGGUGGGCAAAAAAAAGGAAAAAAGUACUUUUUUCACUUUAAACAGUUGUUGUUUUUCCUUUGACUGUAACACUUUACAGGCUAAAUGAAGCAAGGCUGAUUUAGUUACGUGGUUACAUCUGUGAGCUAGUCUUGUAUUAUCUUUGUGAACCAAACAUAAUAUUCUAAAGUAAUAUGACUUAUUUAACUUAGUUUACAUUUCUAAAUAUACCUGGAGAGAAUUAAAAAGAAAAAAUAUAGAAAAUAUGAUGUGUGGAGUUAAGCCAGGAAACUGCAAAAUCCCUGAGGUCCAUGUGCAUUGAUGUUCAGUAAAACCAAUCUCAGGGGAGGUAGUCAGCCAUGUAAUCAGUCCUGCUAGCUGACAAACCCACCCUUGUCCUACCUGUUAAUUAGGAUUUAAUUUGCUACAGCUGAGUUACAUUGCUGCAGCUACCUUAAAAGUGCUUACAGAGGUAAGCAAUACUUUUUUCCUUGUUAGACAUUUUAAAGGACUUCUUGUGGUUGGUCCUUGAAAUUUCUUCUAAGAUAAAUGAUCAUCUGUGCCAUUGUGUUAAAAACAACUCGAAAUCAAAACAGUCAUUUACAAGGGGAGAGGGAGAGUCAAGAACUGCAAGAAUUCAGCCCCUUGACAAAGCAUGAAGUAUCCCAUUGACUUCAGGGUCAUGGUGCCACUCACUGACUGAAUGUGGCAGUUAAGGAGUAAAUAAAAAUCUGCAUUUAGUGGCACUAAAGUCUCAAAAGCCACAUUGGAAGCUACAUGCCACACCUUCUCACGGGAUCAAGGUGAGUCUGUUCCCUUCCUUCUAUUAAGUAGCUGCAGUGAAAUCCAUGAAACUACUUGUAUGUGUAGGAGAACUAUACCUCUGAUUUUGAUUUACUGUUAGACUCGGGGAUAAUUGGCAACUUCUGCAUCAUUUAAGGCCGAACACCUUUGGCUUUGAAACCAGAAGCACUCUUACCUUACAGUGCUGCUGUUCUUCCAGCUGCUGGAGAGAAAACCACAGCAGGUAUCACUGAUUGCUUGUGAAGAGAGGGCAGAGAGGUUCCCCUCAAGGCUGAGGGGCUGCUGUGGCUGACAGGGACCCUGCUGAAGGGGCUGCUGUGCACACAGCUGGCUGUCCUAGACAUACAAACACAAAGGGUAAACCCAAAUUAUAUUUCUGUCUGUUGUGCUAAUGUCCUACUGGGAGCUGUCCCAUUAACACUAAGGGGAGACACGAUGAAGCACUCAAGCUUGGACCUCUCAAGUUUUAGGGUAGGUGCAUGUCACAGCUGCCUUUAGAACUGGGCUAAUCCACAGAUGGCUUUUGGGAAAUGCAAGGAAUUUGCAACUGGAUAAAUAAUGCUCAGCACUGAGCAAGAUCCUAUCUUUCCCAAGUCAGAAAUCUACACAAAUUACUUCAGGAUUGUGACUUAACACGUACAGGUUAAUUCUCCAGGAAUACAGUCUCUCCUGGAUUCCAACUGCUUUGCUACUGAAUGUAUUUCAUGCUAUUUUUACCUGAAAAAGAAAAAAGAUAUGGGUAGAGAAUUAGGACAUUACUUCUCUUAUUUUCUUAUUCAGUGGGACUUGCUUUUAUUUAACCUGUAAAGGAAUAGAUAUGUAUCUUUGGAGAACUAUAUCUUAUACGUAGAAUAAUAUAUAAGAAACUGAACAGCAAGGGGAUAAAUACAUUGAAAGGAUUUGGUAUCAUAAAUUUCAUUUGUGAUUUGAUACCACCAGAAUCCUGGGCUGUACUAAUUUCCCUACAGUUUCUCUUAUUUUUGUAUUUUAUAUAAUACAUGGAUGGUACUACCAAUGCAAACAAGAGCAGAUGUUUCCAGAUUUUUCUCCAGGUGUCAAUUCCCUCUUUCCAGUAAUCCCUGGAUUUGCAUUGCUGCUGAUACCACCCUCAAAAGCUGUGCCAGGAACUGUCUGGAGCUUUGAGAACUGUUGUUUUCCAGGGAAGAAGAUUCCUUGCCUUCUCUGAACUGGGAAAAGAUGGUACAUGAGUACAGAAAAGGGUCUACCCAAGCAUGAUCCAGCUCCCUCCGUGUCUGCCAUUUAGGUGGAUUCACUCCAGCCCACUGAAAACAGAGCAGCUUCAAAGCUCUGACUCCAUUACAAUGAAGUUUUCCAGGUUUGGAAUUGCCUUUGUGAUCUGUAUGUGUGCCAAGUUCACAAAUCCCUCUAAAGAGUUAGCAAAAAAAGAGCAUCACAGAGAGAUCAGACUUUUAACUGAGAACAAUUCAGUACUGCCACUACUUGAGUAAAUAAUCCAUGUAUUAUAUAAAGUAUGACAUGGAAAUAUAAGUGUAAUGCUUGUUAUUAAAAGUGCAAUUCAAUGUACAUGGUCACAAAAAAUGUUUACUUUUUUUUAAUUGUUACUGAAUUGUUUGGAUCAGUACCUUGUUAUCAUUGUGUUAACAAUGCCUUGUAAAAUAAAUGGAAAUGGACAACAA